AUGGCCUCCAAGCGAUGGCUUCUCCUCUGCCUGCUGCUCCCAUUGCCGUUCUUCGCCGUUCCCAGCAACACAGGCCGUGGCAUCCGCCUCGAGCUGACGCACGUCGACGCCCGCGGAUCCCUAGCGGGGGCCGACCGCGUCCGCCGCGCCGCCGAGCGGAGCCACCGCCGGGUGAACGGCCUCCUCGCCGCGGCCACGGCGCCCUCCGCACCGACGCUGCGGAGCGAUGACGGUGGCGGUGGUCCUGUCACGGCGGCGGCGGCCGUGCACGCGAGCACGGCGACGUACCUCGUCGACCUCGCCAUCGGCACGCCGCCGCUCGCGCUCACGGCCGUGCUCGACACGGGCAGCGACCUCAUCUGGACGCAGUGCGACGCGCCGUGCCGAAGGUGCUUCCCGCAGCCCGCGCCGCUGUACGCGCCGGCCAGGUCCGCGACCUACGCCAACCUUUCGUGCGGCUCCAAGCUCUGCGAGGCGCUCCCGAGCCCGAGGUCCUCCCGCUGCUCGGCACCGGAGCCGGGCUGCGCGUACUACUACUCCUACGGCGACGGCAGCUCCACCGACGGCGUCCUCGCCACGGACGCGUUCACGUUCAGCGCGGCAGCCACCGUCCACGGCCUCGCCUUCGGGUGCGGCACCGACAACCUCGGCGGGACGGACAACUCCUCGGGCCUGGUUGGCAUGGGGCGUGGCCCGCUGUCGCUGGUGUCCCAGCUCGGCGUCACCAGGUUCUCCUACUGCUUCACGCCCUUCAACGACACGACGACGUCGAGCCCUCUGUUCCUGGGCUCGUCCGCGCGCCUCUCGCCCGCCGCCAAGUCCACGCCGUUCCUGCUGAACCCGGCCGGCCCGCGGCGGAGCUCCUACUACUACCUCUCCCUCGAAGGGAUCACCAUCGGCGACACGCUGCUGCCGAUAGACCCGGCCGUGUUCCAGCUCACCGCAUCGGGCCGCGGCGGGAUCAUCAUCGACUCCGGCACGACGUUCACGGCGCUGGAGGAGCGCGCGUUCGUGGUCCUGGCGCGCGCCGUCGCGGCACGCGUGGCGCGGCCGCUCGCCAGCGGCGCGCACCUGGGCCUCAGCCUCUGCUUUGCGGCGCCCGAGGGGCGGGGACCCGAUGCCGUGGGCGUGCCGCGCCUGGUGCUCCACUUCGACGGCGGCGAUAUGGAGCUGCCCCGGGCGAGCGUCGUGGUGGAGGACAAGGUCGCCGGGGUGGCGUGCCUCGGGGUGGUGAGCGCGCGGGGGAUGUCGGUGCUCGGCAGCAUGCAGCAGCAGAACAUGCACUUCCUGUACGACAUCGAGAGGGACCUCUUGUCCUUCGAGCCCGCCAAGUGCAGCGACCUCUAG